CAAAAUCAUAGAAGAAGAACUUUCCCGUCACGUGGUUCUGAGCUGGCGGUAUUUUUUGUUUUGUUUUGGAGAAGUCAACUGAACAGCCGUGAAGAUGGCUGUUCCAUUUCGUUUUGAAGAGUCAUCCGUGGUUGAUUCGUGUUCGUCUGCAUCUAAGGAGGAAAUACUGGACGAGUGCGAAGACGUGUUUGCCCGUCUUCAAAAAUUUCAGAGCCUGGUUAUAUCAGCUGACAACGAGGCCUGUGACGGGGACAGAAAUGAGACUCCAGGCUACCUGAAUGCCUUGGCAGCAGAACUCGACGAGUUGAAUAAAAUGGAACCCAAAUGGAUCACCACCAACCCUGAGAUCCUAGCAGCUGUGGGCGUUGAUGAGCUGACGACACUGAAUGAGGGCCUGGACUUGCUUGUGAUGUACCACGAAGUCAAGAGGACAUCUCUCCGGGAGUCCCUAAAUAGGGAGAAGGGUCUGCUGGAGGAGAGGAAGCUGGUCCUCAGUGCCGUCACAGAUCAAGUGGAGACCGUGCGACAGGAAAAAAACAGAACGACAGAAAGGAGUAAGCUGCAGGAGAUGAAGGUGAAGAUCGAGAAGAUGAAGGGGCAGCAGGCUGCACUGACCUCCAAGCUCAGCGACCUGCUGGCCGAGCACUUCCCAGCCCCCACUCCCGACCUGCUGAAGAAGCAGCCAGGAAGAAAAAAGACCACACCGAAUAACCCAGUGGUUUUACUCCCGCUCAGCAAAGUCCUGGAGCUUCUAACAAAUAAGACGUUGGACACGCCGCAUGACCCGUACGUGACCACCGACGAGAGCUUCUGGCCUCCUUAUGUUGAGAUGCUGCUGCGUUACGGCAUUGCAACAAGGCACUCGGAGGACUGCUCAAAAAUCCGCCUGGAAAACCUUGACUGAGCCCAGAGAGAGAGAGAAAGAGAGAGAGAGAGAGAACGACAGAGAGAGAAGCGAAUGACAUGUGGGAGCGUCUUGUAUGUGAACAGCUUAAUGAGCUAUUCACUCUUAAAUCACACCCACCAAUGCCGCUCCUGAUGCCAAUCGUUCAGUGAGCAACUGGUGUUUGCGUAGCUUGAUGACAGACAAAAGAGCACAAUGACCACUGACUACUGCCACCGAGAGGUCAUGUGAACUCAUGAUUCAUUCGUAAUGUGGCCGUAUUCUGGGAAAAUUCCAGUUGCAGAACGCUGUUGAAUUAAACAUUCCAGAACUAGUUUUAAACUGAACACUGACAAUAUUCUGUAUGAAAGCAGAAUAUUCUGUGCAUGUAACGUAAGUGUGCUUACUGGGUGGGUACUGUAGCACUUGGGUUCUGUUCUGAAGCCUUGUGGUAAUGUAAUCAAUGUAUCAUUGAUUCUUGACAAUGAGGCUUAAACAGGUUUUAAUUUGUGAAGGAAAAAAGUAGUUCAUAUCCAAAAUAUAGGAGUCUAUUAUCACAGACGAAGGUCCUUGCUGUGAAGCAAUGUAUUGGAACAACAAUAGGUUUUUUUUUAGCCCAUCUCUUUGUUUUUGUCAAUUUUAAGUGCAAAUGUUUUUGUAUUAAACUGCAGAAUUAUUUUCAUAAUUCAA